AUGAGCCCUAACUCAUUGACACCGUGGGACGCAGAUGUUCCAAGACUUCAAAGACUAUCAGUCAGCGAUGGAAACUCGCAUAGCUCCAGUCAUUCGAUGGCUUCAACACGUUUUAAUCCGGGUGCUACUCCUACGAAUCAAGCCAGCCGAUCCAUGAAUCACAGUCCAAGUGACAGUACCGGUCGCAAUGGAUCAACGGAUAAUCCUCGGAAUAGGAAAUAUGUUCUCACUCUAGAUGGCGGAGGUGUGCGUGGUCUCUCCAGUCUGCUUAUCAUCCAACAUCUGAUGGUACUUUGUAAUUCCUUUGAGCAGAGUCAAGACCAGCUGGUCAAGUCAAGUUUUCAUUCACUACCAUUCCAACAACGUCAAGAGUCGAUUGCCGACAGCAGAAAGUCAAGAAGUAUACAUUUCUUGCCGGUGUAUUAUUUUGACUAUAUUGCAGGCCCAAGUACUGGUGGAUUGAGUGCUAUUAUGCUCAGUCGGCUACGAAUGAACAGUGAUGACUGUAUCCCAGAAUACGAGAAUUUAGGAGAAAAAAUAUUUGGUCAACCACGAAAGCUUUCAAUGCGUGAUUUCAACUAUUCUGAAGAACUCGAUCCCGGUCUCCCGCUUCAUAUCCCUAUAUGGCAAGUCGCCCGAGCAUCUACUGCAGCGCCGACAUAUCUCAAACCGUUUCAACUACUUAAUGAACGCUUCGUAGAUCGAGGGUAUGGUCAUAACAACCCCACUUCAAGAACAUUUGCGGCGGUCGAACAAGUACAUGGCAAAGGCACUGUCGCCCUCACACUCAGCAUUGGUACUGCUCGACCUGCAAAAGUCCAACCAAUAGCCAGACAUAACAGUGGGCUCAUAAGCCGUUAUAGACAAAUGAUCAAAUAUACCGCAGCUACAACAACCGACUCUGAGCACACCUAUGAAUAUGUAAAAACACUAACUGCGGAUCAAUGUACCUAUGAGCGCUUCAACGUUGAGGGGGGACUUGGUGAUAUUGAUCUUGGAGAAUGGCGUGUUCAUGGCAAUGGGAACAUAACUCUCAAAAAGAUACGAGAACAAACUCAUGUCUAUCUCAAUCAAUCAGAAGUUCGAAGACGAAUGGAGAAAGUAGCCAGAAUGCUAAUUUCACUGCCUCAGUGCUGCAAUGAGGAGACGAUAUUUACAAGGGAAGAAGAUAUCAAGACACAUCUUUGUGAGACUUAUGGAUUUUCUAGUGCCCCGAGGGAAUCUGCUGAGGAGCUUAGACUGAAGAAGGCGAUUAGAGAUGGGAGAAUCUUGCAUGCGGAUUGA